AUGUGGAAAAUCGCUCGAGCUCUUCGAAAUGGCUCACCUUUUGCUGCAGCCAUUUUUCAAUUCCUAGCUACUGAACCUAUUCGCGCCAAUUUUCGCCUGACCAUGGCACGAUCCAUCUGGCUAGGAAUCUACCUGGCUUGCGCGUGGGCGGAGGAGAAGGAUGCAUCAUGCAUGCUGCAACAGCACGGCUCAGCGCAACGAAGCACCAAGCCGGCUUUUUUGGAAGGCCGCUCGUCACUGGCAGAGCUUCCGAGCAGUGCCACCUGCAAGAAGAAGUUCACCGACGACAAGGUUUGCAAGACCUCGAGCGGUGUAGAUUGCACCUUUGAGGAGUGGGGCAUGAAUGAAGCCAAGUGCUGGUUCUCGGAAACGCAGGGGAAGAACCCGUGCAAGCGACAGCCAGUCGCGGGAACGUGGACCACGGCCAAGGUUGACUUCGGCCAUGGAGCUGGGGAGUGCUUCUACGUCCCAACAGGCAUCUGCCCCCUGCAGGUCUGCGUCAAGAGCGGGAGCCCCAAUAGUGCGGCUGGUCGAGCUUGCUACUCUGGGAAGCAAACAUGUGGGUCCGACGAUUAUAGUCCAUCAAAUGGCAAGGUGGACGAGACGUUUUGCACGAAGUGGACCGCUCCGGACAUCUUCUGUGUGGUGAGUCUUGCAACCAACGCAAACAACCCAAACAACAUCCGAGAUCUGAGCAACUUUGCCAUUCAGUUCGGCUGCUGCGAUGGGAAUGGAGGUGUAGUGGGAGAUCCGCACAUCCAUACCUUGGACGGAAACGAGUUCGACCUCUACGACAAAGGAACUUAUUCGGUGUUCCACUACGGCGGUACCGGUGACGUCGAUUGGCAACUCUACGCAACGUAUGGAGGUCCGCUGUGGACAGUCCAAGGCUUGCUGUUGGUGGAUAGAUCCAAAGGCAUCGCUGUCUUGCUGGAGGGGGGCGAGUACGUGACGGGCUUCGAGUAUGUCAACGAAAAGCACGUCAACCUUGGCAUCAACACCCCUCACGGCAAGAAAGAAGUUCUUGUCCUCAACACGGUGUGCAUGAGCGGUGCUAUCAACUUGCGGGUCUCCCCGCACAAGGCCUUCGAAGCCAAGCUCUUGACGGGCCAAAUCCAAGCCGGCAACGCCAAAAGCCAGGAGAGGUUCCCAGUGGAGGAGAGUUGGCAAGCGCUAGGUGGGAGCGACGGCGCCGCAUCCUUCCUGAAGAAGAACCAAGAGAAGCACCUGCUUGUGACGUCCUGCACCGGAGACGCCAAGACGAAAGCCGAGGACACCUGCGCGGAAUAUCUCGGCGAGUCACUGCGGUUCACUCUGCUGACUUUCUUCUUUUAUUUGGCGGUUGCAUCAGUGCGUGUGGGCCUGGUGAGCCAGCCGGAGUGCCUCUUUAUUUUGGUGGUGGCCUCAGUGCUUGCGGGCCUGGAGAGCCAUCCGGAGCGGUUUCCACUUCUGGGGGCUGUGAGGAAAGCCCAAUACGCUAUGUCGGGGACUGUGCCAGCAGCGCAGCCAGGAGGAGGAGCAGCGAGCUCAGUGGGACAAGAUGUGCAGGAGCGCAUAGAUGCCAUUGUGAAGCAGCGCCUGGAGCAGGCGUUCGGAAGUGUGUUUGGGAAAGUGCUGACCGCUACUGAGCGGGCAGCCGUAGCAGCGGAGAAGCAAGCGGAUGCAUCGAAGGUGGAGGGCAUUACGAAGGCCCUGCGAGUGGAUGUGUGGAAGCCAGCCAACCGUGAGGAAGAACUUCGUGGCUGGCGUGAGUGGAUGUUCCAGCUUCGGACCUGGCUUGCCGCUCAUGAUGAGCGGUUUGAGAAUGACAUUGAGGGUCUCGAUGAUGACAAGGAGGUGGACCACGCCCUCAUUGAUGAUGACCAGGUCCGCCGCAGCCAGAAGUUGUUUGGAGUGUUGUGCAGCCUGCUGCGCAACCGGCCUCUUUUGCUGGUGCGUGGCUUUGAGAAGGACAGAAACGGCUUGGAGGCCUUGCGCACCCUGCGCAAGGAGAUGGAGCCAAAGGAGCGGUCCCGCUCUUUGGCCAUCGUCAAGCAACUUGCCACCUGGACAUUCAAAGACGGCGGGCUGCAUGAGCAGCUCAUUGCUUUCGAAGAUGCCAUCAAGAAUUACGAAACCAGCUCAGGAAACACUUACCCUGAGGACCUCAUGAUUGCCACGGUGACCACGGGCUUGAAGGAGCCUCUGAGGAGCCAGGUGCAGUUGAGAAUGAGUUCUUCUACGAAGUACCGUGACAUACGCGAGUGGGUGCUCCAAUGGGAAUCGGUCAAUGCCCCUUGGUCUUCAUCUUUGCCGGCGGCCCGCGGAAGCAAGCCUGACAGUGGCGGCCCACAGCCGAUGGAUGUCGAUGUCAUCAAGGGCAAGAAGGGCAAGGACAAAGGAAAGAAAGGCAAGGGCAAGGGCAAAGAUGGAAAACCCAGUGGCAAGGGCAAGCAGGACUGGAACCAGAAUGCUGGAUGGCAAAGCAAUGCUUGGCACGGCGGGUGGCAAAACAAUGCGUGGAACAAUGGUGGCUGGAACCAGGACAAAGGCGGAGGAAAGAACCAGCCGAAGGGCAAAGGAAAGAGCAAAGGCCAAGGUCAUGGGAAGCAAGGCUCAUGCCACAUAUGCGGCCAAACUGGCCACUGGAAGAAUGAAUGCCCUAAGGGAAAGGGCAAAACGGUGCGCCAGGUUGAAGUUGAGGCUGUCCCUUCCUCAGGGCAGUCGGUGGCAUCAGCCACCACGGCAGCCACCAGUGCCACAGCGUAUCGGACACCGAGCGUGGUGCAGCGCAUUGCUCUUUCGACGCCACCGCAGUGCCGUGAGACCUUUAUCUUCGACAUGGCCGAGGAGUUCGAGGAGUUCGAGCUCGAGGGGGGUGCCAUCAACAUGAUUCAGAUUGCCGGUGUUGCUGUGGGAAUUGCGGCCCAUGAGUUUCCGGAGGUUCCCCACUUUGCCAUGGACGCGACCGAUGACGAUGAAGAGUGGACUGUGUGCCCGGAGCUGUGCUAUGAUGAGCCGGAGAGAGAGCAUGUGGCAGUGAUCAACAUGGUGCGGGCAACAGCCACAGCCCAGCAUACAAGCAAAGCUGUCGAUGUUGUGGUGGAUUCUGGGGCUGAUGUGUCAGUGGCCCCACUUGAGUUCCGAAGCCUGGGCCGGUCAAGCCCCAACAGCAACGUCUUGAUGCAGGACGCCCAGGGGAAGCAGAUUGUGAACCAUGGGUCUCGAGCGCUUGUGGUCGAGGUUAAGGACAUCAAUGGCGAGACGGCGGUCAUCAAGGAGCGUUUCUUGCUUGCCGAAGUGAGCUCUUUGAUAAUAUCUAUGGGGCGCUUGCUGAGAAAUGGAUGGUGCCUGGGCCAUGUGAAUUCAGGUCCUGUGAUCUCCCGAGAUGGUUGUGUUUUGCCAGUUCGGCUCCGUCGGAACACGCUUGUGAUGUCGGCCAUUGUCUCAGCCAUUGCCGUGCUAGACAGUGGGCCUUUGCCUCCUCCUGCUGAAGAUGUUUGUGGAGUUCCUGGGUGGCACGUGCUUCCUUCCGGCCUUCCUUUUCUUGUGCACCACCACACCUUGGAGGUGCCAUUUGAAUCCUGGCUGUGGUCCACCGAGGACUGGACUCAUGUUGCUGUGUUUGUGCGCAAGGAAGCUGCCACUCGAGGACCCCAGCCCGGUGAUGUUUGGAUUCAGGUGCUCAGUACCACGACCGAGGCCUUCGAGAACAUGCCAAAGAGGUUGGAUGCUUUGGAGGCCGAGCUCACGGGGUACCAUGACGUUGCAGUCCUCUUGCAUGUCGUCGAGAUGGAAAAGAACCUCUUGAGCAACCCCAGCGACUACUUUGAGGAGGAAACUUGGGAGGAUGCGCCGAUGCUUCCUAAUGAACCCCAGGAUGCUGAAGAAGAUGAGGCAGAUGACGGCCGUGGCGUUGGUGAUGUGCUUGCCGAAGGUCGUGCACCGCGGGGUCAGGAAGCUGACGAUGAUGGACUUGAACUUGAUGGUGUGCAGCUUUCGGUUGGAACGCCACUUAGGGAGCUCAAAGCCUUGUGCCAGCGCCUUGGGCUGGCAAAGAGUGGGGGAAAGGCUAAGGUGCUGAGGCGCCUUAAGGAGCACCGGGAUGUGAUGGAGCGGCAAAUGGCAACCCAGAUUGCCCAGCAGUUGUUCCGUGAAGGAGACCGUGACCCUCAGCCAUUCAAAGUGCCAGUCCUUCCCAGCAGGCGCCAACAGGAAUUGCAUGAGAUUACCCAUCAGCCUUUCCAACCUUGGUGCCAAGCUUGCCUGAUGGGUCGUAGCCGCCAGUCUCCUCACCGUGACCAAGAGCCUGCUGAGUCUGAUGCUGGCCCUCGUGACGCACGGCCGCUUAUGCAGAUCGACUAUUGCUUCACCUUUACGGAUUCAAAGCAGAUGAUUCAGGAUGAGCAGGCCGGUGAGAUUGAUGAGCCGGUGGCCGGGGACAGUGCAGAGGAGAAGGACGAGGCAGAGAAAGCUGAGAAGCCAAACUACAUGGACCAGUUCGGGCUAAAUUUGGUGGCUGCUGAGUCGUCGAGUGGAUGGGUGGCUGCUCUGCCACUCCUUGCCAAAGGUGCAGUGUCACUCAAGAAGACCACGGAGACCCUCACCCGUCUCAGCAUGCAACUUGCAGGUACCAAUGAGAUCAUCCUGCAGGGCGACCCAGAGCCAUCUGUGCGCCAGGUUCUGAACAGCGUCCAGGCUUGUCGCACAAAGCUUGGCUUGAAGACGACUGUGAGGGAGGCCCCCAGAGGUUCCCAUUCAUCCAAUGGCUUAGCCGAGAAGGGAGUGAGCACGAUUCGGAGAUUUGGCCUGACUUUGAAAGCUCACCUUGAGGAGAGGAUCCAGGCCAAGCUGGGUGGACAUGUUCCUUUGUUCUCCUGGUUGCUCCAGCACGCCAGCUUCUUGCACAACCGCUACUUUGUGGGACAUAAGGGCUUACCAGCCUGGGAGGUUGUGCACGGCCGCCGCUUCUCACAAAGACUCCUACCUUUCGGUGAAGUGUGUCUCUUCUACCUCGGGAGCAAGUUCAAAGGAGAUCUUCAAUGGCAAAAGGGGGUGUUUGCAGGAGUGAACGAGCGGCGCGGAACUUAUGUUCUUCUCACGCCCGAUGGUGCCAAGGAGAGCCGUUCGCUUAGAAGACUUCCCCGCGAGGAUGCCUACCCGGCCGAUUUUAUCCUCACGGCCAAGGGCUUGCCAUGGGAUGCUCAGGGCAAGACCAAGCGGCAAAGGCCGCUGUACACAGCAAGACCGGGACUCCUUCCCGACAGUGCUACGCUUGAGGAGCUUGCCAAGGCUGCAGGCCGCGCUGCAGCCGAGAGCAUAGCAGCGCAAACCCCACGGCUUGGUGAUGAAGCUGCGAGUGUUGUUGCUAGACAAGCCACCAAGUGGGUCUCCUUCAGCAAGCUCGAGCUCACUGGGUGCGAUGAUUGGCUUGAUGAUGUGGUUCCCGUGUUGGACCAGGAGCCGGAGGAGGACGGUUGGGAGGAUGAUAGGCCUCCUGAUGUGUCGCCAGAUGAGUUGGCAAAGCUGGACCUCGCUGCAGACAAAGCCGAGGUCGAGAGGUUGGUCGCCAUGGGUGUCAUGCGACCUCCUUCCGAAAACGACGACCUGGCCAACUACUCAGUCCUGACAACUAAAGUCGUCAGGGAUUGGCGGCGACGUCCCAAUUGGGUCAGACGCUCACGACUAGUGGGCCGUGAGUUCAAAGCCUGGACCCCUUGGAGCCAGGACUUGUUUGCCCCAGCCAGCACAUUGGCCACAGUGCACGGGCUGAUGAGUCUCGCCCAGGCCUACGACCUGGAACUGGUGACGCUAGAUGUGAAAGAUGCGUAUCUUAAUGUGAAGCAGAAGAAGCCGGUGAUCAUCUAUGUGGACGCGAGACUGUUCGAUGAGGGCCAAGGCGAGGAGCGGAUGAUCCCCUACAUUCUCGAGUAUCUCCUCCCUGGUCAGAGAGCCGCAGCCAGCGAAUGGUUUCAGUACUUCACGGGGCUCCUGGGGCAGGCGGGGAUGGAAAGCUUCGGGAAAGAGCCUACCCUCUUUCGCAACAAGGAGGCACAAGCUCCACUCUCAGGACUUGUGCUGCAUGCCGAUGAUGGUCUUCUCGCUAGCAAGAAGGAGUUUCGUGAAAAGUUGGUUGGCGAGUUGAGUCAGCAUGUCACCGUGCAAGUGAGUGAGCCUUUGAAGUCUAUUGGCUCUGAGCUGAGCUUCCUCAAGAGGAGCUACAGCAUGCAUGAGGAUGGCAUCCACAUGCACUCCGGGCGAAGGCAUGUUGAGGGCCUUCUUGAAGCACUCGAGCCCGGUGUGAAGCUUAAGGAUGCUCCAACGGAUGCCUCCUUUCUUGAAGUCGACAACAGCCCGGAGCUCAAGGCCGAUCGGGCAAAGCUGUUCCGUGAAUGCAUUGGACGCCUCCUCUACCUCAGCCACUCCCGUGCCGAUAUACAGUUUGGCGUGUGUAUCUUGGCGAGCAAGAUGGCGAAACCCACAAUGGUUGGGUGGAAGCAACUCUAUCGUCUCGUGGGCUACUUGAAGAAAGUGCCUUGCCUGGGAUUCAGAAUUGGGCCAGCUACCGAAGGAGCAUGCCUUGAUUUUCCCGAAGGGUCGCCAACAUCGGGGAAAAUUAUCCUUGAGUCAGUGAGUGAUGCUGACUGGGCAGGCUGUCGGCAGACUCGCCGCAGCCGAUCCUCAGUCCACUUCUACCUGGCGGGAUCCCUCAUCGGGAGUUACGUGCGCAGCCAGCGGACAGUGGCAAUGAGCUCAGGGGAAUCGGAAUUCCUGGCCAUGAUCAGCGGUGCAUGUGAGACGGUCUACCUCAAGGACUGUUUCGAGUACCUGCUGCGAGGCAUCACCGAGUUGGAGGCAGUGCUGAGAUCCGACUCAGCAGCAGCAAGAGGAGUGAGCCAGCGAGUCGGAUGUGGACGCGUCCGGCACCUCUCUUGUGCCAACCUUUGGGUACAAGCAGCAGUGAAGUCCCAAGUCUUGAAGAUUGGUCCCAUCUCUGGAAAGAGGAAUCCCUCUGAUCUGGGAACGAAGCCACUCACAGGACCCAAGCUUCGUGAACUGCUCUUCAGGGCUGGCGCGGUCACAGAGAGUGGUGAUCGUUAUGGUGCCGAAGAAGCAGAUCUCGCAGACCAGCGCGACAACGUGAACCGCAUCAUGAAGAGCAGUGGGUUGUCAUCUACCGGAGCAAAGAAGUUUUUGCCUGUUUUGUUGAUCCUCGCGCAGGCCAUGACGGUAGAGGGUUAUGAGGGCUUGAGCUUGGUUGCGGCAGCCGGGUUUGCCGAGGACACGAUGGCACAGAUGAUUUCAGCAGUAGCCAUUUUGGUUGCAACAGUUUUGGUGGUGUGUGGCGGGCCAUGGGCUGCAUUUUGCGGUCUGAAGUGGUUGCUCGGAUGGAGCAGCACUGGGAAGCAAGCCGCCACGACAACAUGUGAGGUCGGUGUGCAAGCGAACCUGGGCAUGAGCAAAGCAGAGCAAAAGUUUGUAGACGAGUACGUUGACAGGGCCACUUUCCUCAGAAGCUCUCUCUCAGAGGAACACAGAACAGUGCUCCAGUGUGAAGAGGCCCUAGUUGAAGUUCGCGAGGAGAAUCGCCGUCUGCAAGCUGAGCUGACCAGAGCUCGAGCGCAAGGUGCAGGCCGAAUUGCAUUGUCCACGAAUCGUGGGCGAGUGUAUCAUGAGACGCGGGAGUCCGGGAGUUUCUUCGACGAUUGCGUCUUCGAUGUCUGCCGAGGUUUGAGACCUUCGCACGGCCAGCGCAGGAGCGACGGCGACAAAAGGACGCUUCCGGGGUCCCCGCUCUCUGCGGCCUGGAAGCUUCCUGGUGUCUUGGCUUCCCGGGAUGUUUGGCACCAGGUGGCAGUCGCAAGCCCGCAGAAGGAGAUGAUGAGCAAUAGCCCACUCUUACGCCCCGGAGUCCGUUGUGGUGCACUUCAGGUCAGCCGCUGGCGUCAGUCCCUGCUUUCCGCAAAGCCCUGCGACCACUUUGCCGCUCGCAGCGCAGCCGUGGCAGUGCUGAGGGCGCUGGACGAGCCAAAGAUGUGGCCAGCGCAGCACGGCAAGGAGGGCGGGGAAUCGCAGGCCAGGAAUCUGAGGCACGACCCGCUUCGGGGCUGCCAGGAGAGCUCGAAGGACUGCAGCGCGGAGCUCCGAGAGCUACAAGAAGGAGGUGAGGAUGCGGGAAUUCCUCCUUGCUUGGGCGAGGAUGCCUUGGACCUCGAGGAGCGUUCCUGGGAACAGCAGCGGCGCCUAGUCGGCCUCGUGGGCCGACUGGUGGUCUACAAGGACAGCGCGACGUUGCGGGAGGACUUCGUCUUGCGCCCGGGCCUGCGACAGUCAGGGGCCGUCGUUGCGAUGAUUCGUUGUCCGGGGCUGGCAGAGAAGGCUGGCAUCCAGGUGGGCGAUCGCUUGGUGUCUGUCAACGGAAGACGCCUGCAGGAUGUUGCAGACUGCGUGAGCAUGGGGGUCGUCACGAAUGUCGAGUUGCCCGCUGCGCUGGUCUUCAUGUGCAAGCUUGGAAAGAUCAGCUCCGAGGUCCGGCUAGUCUCCUCUGCGCCUGUUGAAAUGGACUUCACCCUGGCAAGCGACAAGGUCUGGGCUGGCGCACGCACCAAGUUUCUGUACCAAGAGGCUUUGUGUUUUCUCAAGCGUUGA